GGGAGGGGGAGGAGGCAGUGUGAUGGCCCUGGACGGCGAGCGGGGGGAGCAAGAGGAGGAGAAGAAAAAGAAGAAGAAGAAAAAGAAGAGGAAGAAGAAGAAGGAGGAGGAGGAGGGGGCUGAGAAGAGCCGCUCACCCUUCGCGGCCACGAUGGGGGAGAACGACGCCGCGCUCCGGACCGGCGGCAGGGGGCUCUCGGACCCGUGGGCGGACUCCGUGGGGGUGCGACCCCGCACCACCGAGCGCCACAUCACGGUGCACAAGCGGCUCGUCCUGGCCUUCGCCGUGUCCAUCGUGGCGCUGCUCGCGGUCACUAUGCUCGCGGUGCUGCUCAGCUUGCGCUUCGACGAGUGCGGGGCCAGCGCGGCGCCGGGCGCAGACGGCGGCCCCGCCGGCUUCCCGCCGCGCGGUGGCAACGGGAGCCUCCCGGGUUCUGCCGGGCGCCACCACCCAGCUGGCGGGGACUCCUGGCCGCCGGAGGCGGGCGGGGAGGCCACCCCUGGGACCCCGUCCGCCCAGCCGCCGUCGGAGGAAGAGCAGGAGCCGGGGCAGCCGUGGACGCAGCUGCGCUUGUCCGGCCAUCUCAAGCCGCUCCACUACAAUCUGAUGCUCACCGCCUUCAUGGAGAAUUUCACCUUCGCCGGCGAGGUCAACGUGGAGAUCGCGUGCCGGAACGCCACCCGCUACGUCGUGCUGCACGCCUCCCGGGUGGCCGUGGAGAAGGUGCAGGUGGCCGAGGACCGGGUGGCCGGGGCUGUCCCGGUGGCCGGCUUCUUCCUCUACCCGCAGACCCAGGUGUUGGUGGUGGUGCUGAACAGGACCCUGGACGCGCAGAGGAACUACAACCUGAAGAUCAUCUACAACGCCCUGAUCGAGAAUGAGCUCUUGGGCUUCUUCCGCAGCUCCUACGUGCUCCACGGGGAGAGAAGAUUCCUUGGUGUUACUCAGUUUUCGCCUACACAUGCCAGAAAAGCAUUUCCUUGUUUUGACGAGCCCAUCUACAAGGCAACUUUUAAAAUCAGCAUCAAGCAUCAAGCAACCUACUUAUCUUUAUCCAAUAUGCCAGUGGAAACUUCCGUGUUUGAGGAAGAUGGAUGGGUUACGGAUCACUUUUCACAGACCCCUCUCAUGUCCACGUAUUACUUAGCCUGGGCUAUUUGCAACUUCACAUACAGAGAAACUAUCACCAAGAGUGGAGUUGUAGUACGAUUAUAUGCACGACCCGACGCUAUCAGAAGAGGAUCCGGGGACUAUGCUCUCCAUAUAACAAAGAGAUUAAUAGAGUUUUAUGAAGACUACUUUAAAGUGCCCUACUCCUUGCCGAAACUAGAUCUUUUAGCUGUGCCUAAGCAUCCGUAUGCUGCUAUGGAGAACUGGGGACUCAGUAUUUUUGUGGAACAGAGAAUACUGCUGGAUCCCAGUGUGUCAUCUAUUUCUUAUUUGCUGGAUGUCACCAUGGUCAUUGUUCAUGAGAUAUGUCACCAGUGGUUUGGUGACCUCGUGACUCCUGUGUGGUGGGAAGAUGUGUGGCUGAAGGAAGGUUUUGCUCACUACUUUGAAUUUGUUGGUACAGACUACCUCUACCCUGGCUGGAACAUGGAAAAACAGAGGUUUCUGACAGAUGUUCUGCAUGAAGUGAUGCUGCUUGAUGGCUUGGCCAGUUCCCAUCCAGUAUCACAGGAAGUGCUACAGGCAACAGAUAUUGACAGGGUGUUUGACUGGAUCGCAUAUAAAAAGGGUGCUGCUUUAAUUAGAAUGCUGGCAAAUUUUAUGGGCCAUUCAGUAUUUCAGAGGGGUUUGCAAGAUUAUUUAACCAUUCAUAAAUAUGGCAAUGCAGCCAGAAAUGAUCUCUGGAAUACACUUUCAGAGGCUUUAAAAAGGAAUGGGAAAUAUGUAAAUAUACAAGAAGUAAUGGACCAGUGGACACUCCAGAUGGGUUAUCCUGUUAUCACCAUCUUGGGAAAUACCACAGCAGAAAAUUGGAUAAUAAUUACCCAACAACAUUUUAUUUAUGACAUCAGUGCUAAAACUAGAGCACUUGCACUUCAAAAUAACAGUUACCUGUGGCAGAUUCCAUUAACUAUUGUGGUAGGAAAUAGAAGCCAUAUGUCUCCAGAAGCAAUUAUUUGGGUAUCUAACAAAUCAGAGCACCACAGACUAACUUCUUUGGACAAAGGAAACUGGUUGCUUGGAAACAUCAAUCAAACUGGCUAUUUUAGAGUCAACUAUGAUUUAAGGAAUUGGAGAUUAUUAAUUGAUCAAUUAAUCAGGAACCAUGAGAUUCUCUCCGUCAGUAAUCGAGCAGGCUUGAUCGACGAUGCCUUCAGCUUAGCCAGAGCUGGCUAUUUGCCUCAGAGUAUUCCCCUGGAGAUUAUGCGAUACCUGUCUGAGGAGAAGGAUUUUCUCCCUUGGCACGCUGCCAGCCGAGCUCUUUAUCCUCUCGAUAAACUACUGGACCGCAUGGAGAAAUACAAUGUCUUCAAUGAAUAUAUUUUAAAGCAAGUUGCAACAACAUACAUCAAGCUUGGAUGGCCAAAAAACAGUUUUAAUGGAUCUCUUGUUCAAGCGUCCUACCAACAUGAAGAACUCCGUCGGGAAGUUAUAAUGCUGGCCUGCAGCUUUGGCAACAAGCACUGUCACCAACAGGCAUCGACACUUAUUUCAGAUUGGAUUUCCAGCAACAGGAACAGAAUACCACUAAACGUCAGAGACAUCGUCUACUGUACAGGAGUUUCACUGCUAGAUGAGGAUGUCUGGGAAUUCAUAUGGAUGAAAUUUCACUCUACCACAGCAGUUUCUGAGAAGAAAAUAUUAUUAGAAGCCUUAACUUGCAGUGAUGACAGGAAUUUAUUAAAUAGGCUUCUGAAUCUGUCACUGAAUUCUGAGGUGGUGCUGGAUCAAGAUGCAAUUGAUGUCAUAAUCCAUGUAGCUCGAAAUCCACAUGGUCGGGACCUUGCCUGGAAGUUUUUCAGAGAUAAGUGGAAGAUAUUGAAUACCAGGUAUGGAGAGGCAUUAUUUAUGAAUUCCAAACUUAUCAGUGGAGUUACAGAAUUUCUUAAUACUGAAGGUGAACUCAAAGAGCUAAAGAACUUCAUGAAGAACUAUGAUGGAGUAGCCGCUGCCUCUUUCUCAAGAGCACUGGAAACCGUCGAAGCCAAUGUGCGCUGGAAAAUGCUUUACCAAGAUGAGCUUUUCCAAUGGUUAGGAAAAGCUGUGAGGCACUAAUUCAGCUUAACAUUUCUGCGAGAAGCCUGCUCUGUGCAGAAUGAGGAGAAUGGCCAGAAUUUCAGUGUUAAUGUGUGGGAGGAUUUUUUUUUAAUUGUUGGUCAUGGGGGAUUUUUUUGUUGUUUUAUCUCAUUCAUCCUGCUUUGUUUCCUUAUUGGGUGUUCUUCUUUAAAGAAACUCUUGCAAGUGAAACUAGCCAUGAUUGCUUCAGCUGUACAUUCCUUGCUCUACAGGACCAAAUAUGAUAGUGGUGCAUGUUGAUGUUGCAGUCAGUUUGAAAAAACACAUUCAGAAUACUUUCUGCAUGGUCGUUGGUCCUACCUGUGUUCCAGCAUGUUUAUUUACAAUGUCCAAUGUCGUCUACUCCAAUGUGACAUCCAGGAUGGGCAUUAUACAAAAGCACAAAGAUUAUCUAUGACAAUCAGUGUUGCAAUGAAAGGGAAAAAAAAAGAAGGAAAUUAUAGUCUUAGUCUUGGGCAUUGUAAGAGGUAAAAUAGCCCUUUAAGUGAUUAAGGUCACUUAUUUCAGCACUUGAAAUGUCCUGCAAUGAUUAUUGUGUUGUUAACCCAUUUUUUUUAAAGUUGUUAAAAAAGGCAUAUAGAUAGUGUAUGCAUAUGUCAAUGUACAUAGGGAAACCCCAUAUGUAUAUAGUAUGUUGUACACUGUACUUCUUCAAAGAAUCUCUUCAGAUCAAGGAAAAUGUAACUCUUUUUAUAAACUUCUGCAAACUUUGAAAAGGCUGAAAAUAAUUUAUCUCAACACUAUCCUUCUUGACAAUUUCCUGACUAAGUUUCUCAACUGUUAUGAAUUUGUUUCGUCUACUUCCUUAACAGUGGUCUAUUCUACCAUAUAAAAAAUGAACUCAAGCAAAAUUCAUGUAUAACUAAACCUUUUUUUAAAUCUUCUAAGUAAGUGACAGUCCUGCAUUCUAAAUACAAAUCCUGUCAUCAUUUUGAUCAAACUUCCUAUUGCAUAAAAUCUCGUGCAUACUUAACAAUUAUUAGCGCUGCAAAAAUAUUUAUUUUUUCAUAUUAUUUGCAUAUCCAUCUCAUGUUGGGUGGUCCAGAGAGUUAAAAACUCUGUGUGUGUGUUGGUAUUGUGUCUGUGACUCUAAUCCCCCAUUAAGCAACCAUACCUCAAGUGGGCCUAUUAGCCUUUAAUGACCCUCGAUGCCAGUUGUGCCAUCUGUACAUUAAAGUUAAGUCCAAAAGUUACUUUCCUUGAGCAAAACUUUUUUUGUUUGUUUUGCAUUGACAACACUUUUCUUUUUGUUGUGUAACACAAAUGAUUUUAAAUGGUAUUCUCACACCGUAGGUCAGCUUUCCAAACAUUGCUUAGAUGCUCCAAUUUGGCAUAUUUUAAAAAUUUAUCAUUAUAAAAUACCAAUACAACUCUGUACAUAAGCCACAAAUUUCUAUUUUUCCUGAGGUUUUUCACUUCUCCAAAUCUUAUUUCAAAUCAUUGAAAGGAAAUAUUCUGCCUUUAAUAGUCAGUGGACACUGGCAAUAAAACUGCAACACCACAAUAAAAAAAUAGGUAUUUUAGAAACUAGAGCCAUAUAUUUAUUAUAGGUUUAUAGGUCCUAAUCCAUAGAAUGAGUGUCAUCUAAAAUUAAAUUUUAUACUUUAGCAGUUAAUAUCUAUUACUUAUACCUAAACUUUUCAGCAUUUCUUUCAAUUAAAACAUGAAUUUUGAGUACUCUAUGUGGUGUUACUAAGACAAAGUACUAAUUAGUGUAAAAUUUAAGAGCCAUACACCUAGCAGAGUGGUGAAAUUUAAUUAGUGCUCAUCACAUAUGUGAACUCUUUAAGGAGUAUGUUCUGAAACAUAAUAAUAAAUUUCACACUGGUGUGCAGGUCCAAAACAUGUACUAUAUCACCAUUGGAUUAAUGUAAUAGCAAAGACAAAAAAAAAAUAGAGGUGGAUAUCUUGUUUUGUGUCGUGAAUUACUGAAAAUUCUUAGUAGUUGUGACAUGCUUUUGAGUGAAAUCACCAUCUUCUGCAUUUGAGUUAGAAGGGCUUUUAUAGUUCUUUUUCCUCCCCACUGUUAAUCUUAAUCUUCUUGCAGUAUUUUAGUGGCCUUGAACAACUGGUUUAGCUACAAUGUCAAAUCCUAAAUGUAUAAUUAUGUGCAAUGUUCAAUACCUCAUAUAAUACUUGUUCAACAGUAUAAGUGGUAUCAAUGGCAUUGAGAUGGAAUUUUUGUUCUACAUAUUUUUCAAUGAUUAUCCUUUCAAAUGUUGGAGAUUAUAUCAGGCUUUAACAUUUUUUUUAGUUGUUGAAAUAAGUGAUAUUUUCAAAAUAAUAAAAUAACCAAUGAUAUCUCUUGGAAUAUUAUGUAAAAUGUAGUUAUAAAAUUCUAUUUUCUACAUAGAGUUUUUAUCUUUUUUCUCUUCUAUGUCUGUUUUACAACUCAUAUGUAUGCAUGAAAUAACAAAUUGUCUUUACUGGCACAGUAUAUGUAUAAUGGCAAAACUUGGUUUCAGUUAGAAAGCUCUAAAUUAUUUACCAUACUGAGUAUUAAAUAUCUCUAGGUAACUUGUAAAUAAAAAAUUGUCCCCAUUUUGACACAUUUUCCCUUAAAAGUUUCUAAUAAUCUUUGAAAAUUUAAAAAUAUAUAUAUAAGCACAACAUCUAAAGCUCAUAUCUACAUGCAAAGUUUAUUCUUGAGUUUCAAUAACAUGGCUUUUAGUUGGAGCUUAAAGUCGCUUUGGUGUAUAUUAUUUCCUGGAUAAUUGUAGGACCAGAAUUUUGGUGGUAAUGCAUUUUAUAAAUAUUGUAAUAUCUUGGAAGGUUAUUAAGAUUAUAUAAUAUAUUUGUAAAUUACAUUUUUUUCAAAGAACUUUAACACAUGCCAUUUAUUUGACUGUUUUCAAAAAUAUAAUAAAUUAUAUUAGCCCUGGUUGUCUGAUGAGAAACUGAGGCACAGAGUAGCAAUGUGAACUAUUUAAAAUUACAUAGUAGUUACUUUGGGAACAGAUAAAAUAACCUAAUACUUUCAAUACAGCCUUUCUACAACUAAAUAGAAAUACAUGUUUGAAAUAUUUCUAUCCACAGUAUUAGUUGAAGAUUUUCCAAAUGCUGGCAGCAGCGUCAAAAUAUGUGACUAAAUAGAUCUACAAUAAUUAUGUUAUUUAUGUUAUUUUUAAAGUCUGUGUUUCUACUUUGCUUGAUGUCAAACAACUGGAUGAAAUAUUAAUCAACAUUGACUUUGGUCAGCAUAAGUAGCCAAAUAUUGGGACAAAUUAUAUAGUUUAUUGAGUAUAGUUUUUUUAAAAAAAUCUUUUGGUGAACAUUGUUUAAAUGACCUUAAAAUACUGAUAAUUUGAUUUAUUUUUCACAGAAAUAUCUCUAAUAAACUCUUAUCUGUAGUAAUAAAUGAUCAGAUAAUUGAUAAAAUGGUGUCCAUCUAAAUCAGUGAAGAUAAUAUUCAGUAAAAUGUUUACAAAUCUAUGCAGACUAAGUUGUAAAAAAAACAAACUUUGUGCAGCUUAUAGUACUGGAUUUGAUUCAGUAAAGGGAUUUAUAAAGAAGUUUACAAUAAUAUGUUUAAUUAAAAUCUGCUGGCUAUUAAAUAUUUAAGGCAUAUUUUUCUAAGUAUUGGGAAACCUAAAAUAGCCCAAUUAUUUUUCUCAGUAUAUCAUGUCAAAGAAGUAGUAACAAUUUACAUAAUGAGAAAUUCAGAUUUCCACACCUGUACUUUUUUUCUGUAUUCCAGAUUGUAACUGAAUUAUUAUCAUUUGACACUGCUAAUUAUGUAAUGACAGAAUUCAAUUUAAUUAAACAAAUAUGUGUUGACCACCUUUUAUUUUACAAAGCACUAUGUGAGAGGUAAGUAAGGAAAAGAUGAGUAAGACCUAAAGAAAUUCAUAUCACAAUGAAUAAACAAAUACAGGGUGUCCCAAAAACAUGUACACACACUUUAACAGCUGAUAGCUCAAAUUCAUUUUUUUUUUCUUUUCAGCCAGACUAAGUUUUAAACAAAGAAAAUUCAUCCUAAAAUGCUACUGGAAGUUUGAAAAUGCAGUAGAAGUAUAAACACUGCCUUUUUAAUUAUUCAAAGUGUGCAUAAAUUUUUGGGGGGACUCAGGGUGUGCAAUAUACAUACCUCCCCCAAAACGUAUACACACUUUUACAGCUGAUAACUCAAUCUUCACUCCUUUUCAGGUUUAACUGAUUUGAUAUAAUAGGUGAAGCCAGACUAAGCUUUGAACAAAGAAAAUUUACCCACUAGAUUUUUCUAUGGGGUUACAUUAAAAAAAAAAAGUUUACAGUACAAAACAGGCAACAGUUGAUUAACUGAGGGCACACAAAUACUGAACAAAAUAAUUCUUGAUGUUCGUGAUUCCAUUGUUUUGAAUUAUCAGCAGUGCUUGGACCAGAACCAUCAUCAGUUUGAAAAAAGGCAUUGACAGCCCAGCCAGUGUGGCUCAGAGGUUGAGUAUCGACCUGUGAACCAGGAGGUCAUGGUUCAAUUUCCUGAUUCUGGUAGGGGCACAUGCCUGGGUUGUGGGCUUGAUCCCCAGUGGGGAGUGUGCAGAAGGCAGCCGAUUAAUGAUUCUCUCUCAUCAUUGAUGUUUCUGUGUCUAUCUCCUUCUCCCUUCCUCUCUGAAAAACAAUUAUAUAUCUAUAUAUCUAUAGGACUUUCUCUAUAUAUAUAUGAAAAAAAGAUGUUGACAAAAAAUUAUUCAUUUCUGUAGAUUCUUUUACAAUUUGAAAGUUAACCGUAUGUUAAUAAACACUGACUUUAUAAUCAUGCAAAGUGUAUAUACAUUUUUUGGGACAGCCUAUUUAAGGAAAUAAUGAACCAUUUAGAAUGAGUGCAACAUGAAAAAAAAUUACAGGCUAUAGAAGAGGAAAUAAUUUUUAGGUGUGAAUAAUUCUCAUUGUUUUAUUUCAAAACAUUUAGUUGUAUUUCACAGAAAUAUGUAACAUUUAGAAAGUAUAAAAACCUACUCAGUUUAAAUUUUAUAGUUGGAAUAUAAAUUGGAAUAGAAUUUAACUUUAAGAAAAGUUGUUUGAGCAAUUUAUUAAUAUUAGUAAGUUGCAGGAAGAAUGUUUAACGUAUUUAUGUAAAAGUAGUUCAUGUUUUCUAAAAUGGUUUUAGCAUAUUACUUGUAUAGUUAUAAUGUGUUAAUUUUAAGUUAAUUAUAUAUAUUUUAAAGCAGGUUCAACAAUUUUUGUUCUAGGAAAUAAUGUAUUUGUGAAAAUUGGUAUAUGUGAACUUUCAAAUACAGAAAUGUUCUUAUAAAAUACUCCUAAAUUUCAAAAUUUAAUAUAACCUUUAAUUGAUUGCUUUGUUUGAAUUAGAAAGUUUAUUAUUAAAAUACUAGAGGCCCGAUGCAUGAAAUUCAUGCAAGAGUAGGCCUUCCUUUCCCAGCUGCCAGCACCAGCUUUCUUCUGGCACCGGGGACCCAGUCUUCCCUUGCAGCCCUUGCUUCGUCUGGAAGGUCGUCAGGAAGGAUGUCCAGUGUAAUUAGCAUAUUAUGCUUUUACUAGAGGCCCAGUGCACAAAUUCGUACAUGGGUGGGGUCCCUCUGGGUGGUCUGCAGGGAUCAGGCUGAAACCCACAGUCCAACGCCGCUUGCAGUGCCUACCUGCUGCUCCCGCUCAUCCGGGCCCCACUGUGCCUGCCGCAGUCUCGCACCUAAUCAGUCCUGAUUGGGAGAAGCUCAUGCUGCUGUAGGAGCGCUUGCCAGCCAUGAGCCCUGUGUCUGGUGCCCUCCCAAGGGGAGUGGCCUGUGGGAUCAGGCUAAAACUGGGUCUCUGACAUUCCCCAAGGGGUCCCGGAUUGCGAGAGGGCACAGGCCAGGCUGAGUGACCCCACCGGUGCAUGAUCAAGGGAGGGACCAUAGGAGGGCUCCAGGGCAUGUCUGGCCCAUCUCACUCAGUCCCAAUGAGCCGACCCCAGCAGCAAGCUAACCUACUGGUCAUAGCAUCUGCCCCUGGUGGUCAGUGCACAUCAUAGUGACUGGUUGACCAGUUGACUGUCUGCUCCCUGGUGGUUGGUGCACGUCAUAGCGAGUGGUUGAGCAGCUUUAACAUAUUAGCAUACUAUGCUUUGGUUGUUCUGUUGUUCUGCCAUUCAGUCUAUUUGCAUAUUACCAUUUUAUUAUAUAGGAUUAUUAUAGAUUUUGUUUAAUGUGAUUUAUAUUCAGGAAAAAUCUAACAAAGAAUACACUAGUAGCUAUUAUUUUCUAUUUUAUUUUAUGAAAUUUUAUCUCAAAGUUUAGAAAAGGAAUUUUUAAAAUGUAUUAAAUAUUAAAAAUAUUUAAUAUUGGGUAGUUAAAUUUUAUAAUUUUAACUAUACUGCAUAUGAGUAACUACAUGUAUCUUAUUUUUAAAAUAAGUAAUUCACAAAUGGCACUAAUAGUAGUAGGCAGUAUGAUUUUAUCUAGAUUUUGAAAACAUUGAAUUUUAAGGGAUUUAAUUUUGAAUAUUUCAUACUUUAAGGAUAGCACAUUGAAGAUGUUUAUCUUUUGGACAUUCCCAUUUUAUGCACUAGUCCACUAAGAAGAAAAAUUGACCAAUCAUUUAUUUUGACCUGAAUUAAAAAUGUUUGUGUUAAAUGUAUUGAUGUUAAAUUUCUUGUGUUAAAUUUAUUGAUGUUAAAUGAGUUAAAAUAUAGGAAAGAACAAAAAUCAGAGAGUCUACUAAAUGCCAAGCACUUUUUAGAUAUCACCUUUUUAAGUAAAUCUAAUAAAAUAUUAUCAGUUUUAUUUUACCAUUGAGGAGAGUAGACUAAGAGUUGUGAUCAGUUUAUUUAACUACUGGUAGGUAUUAGCUGGGAGUCCAGACCCAUGCCCCCAAGCCUCAUAUGACUCAGAUUAGUUGUUAAUCUGCCUCCAACAUGUAUGGAAACAUAACGCUUUUCUAUACAGACCAGUCUCUCUAGGAGUUGUACAUAGAUACUUAGCUCACUUUUUCAUUGUCAUUGGCAUAUUUGAGAGAAGUGUUAAUUAUGCAUUCUGGUUUGCCACUCCUUUCUUAGCAAGGUUACUUCAUCUAACUUAUAAAAGUUUCUAUCAGGAGGUUUUACAUUAGCGUGUGUAGUGGGUUUUAAGCGAUAACACCUAAUUAACAGAUUUACCAGCCAACAAGCCAUGAGAAAUAAAUAAAACGACAAGCUGGAUUGCAAAGCUCUUCACCAGUGGACCAAAAGAUGAGGUGAAGUCCCUGUUCUGCACAUGGAGGAGACCUAUUAGUCUAGCGAGAAUUCUGCUUAGCGAUGAGGUCAGGGAAGUAUUUCUCUCUUUCUGCAUAGAACUAUGGGUGAACUGCAGCUGCUCAAAUUACUUGAGGUUACAUUUCUAUUGAGCUGCUGUGCAUACGUUUACAGUUUAAGAUAACUGCUUUGACCUGGCUCUGCACAGGUCGACUUGCUUCUAAUCGCACACAUUUUUAUUAUGUCAUGUAGGUAAAUGAAAGAGUGAAUUGUUUUAUAGAAGAUAUUACGGUGGAAUUAAGAACAUAUGCCUUGAAUGUUCAGUGCACUUAUUUUCCAUGUUAAUUAUUCUGUCACUAUUCUUUUAACCUCUACAAAGUUCACAAUAUUAUACUUGUUUUGUACAUUAUUGGGUUCCCAGCUUCUCUUAGAACCUACUGGGUUAGAACAUUUAUUAUUAACUUUUAGUUAUUCCAUUUUAUUUAAAAUAAGUUUGUUAUCUGCCACUUCUCAAGUGUGAAACAUUUUGCAAGUGAAUUCUUCCUCAAAUGCUCUACCUUUUAAAAUACUAUAUAAUAGUGAUCUCACAUUAUCUUUUAAAAUGCUGCUUGUACAUUGCCCUAUAUGAAUACACCUGGCAUUUUUAUUUGUGUCUUUUAGUCCCUUCACGUUUUGGUAGUCAUUGAAAACAAAUUACGACUAUAAAACGGAAACACAUUAGGACUAUGAAGCUCAUGCACUGUGCAGUUACUUGAAGCAAAAAGACAAGUUCUGCCUUUGAGCUUUCCCAGUUGGCUUUCUGGACACUGAAUUCAUCAGCUAACCUUUUAAAAAUAUUAUGUGGUUUAUUUCUAAUGAACUUGAAUUUAUUCAGCAACAACGUUUAUUUUCCUAAAGCCAUCCCCAAAUGAACAGACAUUUAAAAUAGGACAAAUGGAAGCAAUUAUUCCUUUCUAAUACUUUAAGAUUUAGAAAUACAAAUGUAACUUUUUAAAGUAAACACAAGUUACUAAAGCAUCUACCAAAUAAAUGACUUUGUGUUCAUUUAGCAGAUGUUUUCUAUUGUACACCUUUAAAAUUAUUUAGUAAAGAUUGAAUUAGCAUGUAUACAACAUGAAAUUUUUAUUCCAUUAUAACCACGCACUAACAAAAUGGGUUUUUCUAAAGGAGAAAAUUUGUCUUCUGUGUUUUAAGCAGAACAAAUUUGAAUUUUGCCUCUGAUAAUAAAACUUUGUACAGUAAUGAAUCA